GUUAAAACCAGUUUUCCUUUGAUUUUUUUAGCGAACCCUUGAAAGCCAUUUGAUGUCCCCUGCUGAGAUUCCAGGCCAGCCUGUCCCUAAGAACAUCUUGCAGGAACUUCUGGGUCCACCUGUUCAGAGACCUGCUUCUUCCAAUCUUCUGAGUGGCCUUAUGGGGAGCUUGGAGCCUACGACAUCUUUACUGGGCCAAAGAGCACCCUCUCCUCCCUUGUCACAGGUGUUUCAGACGAGAGCAGCCUCAGCAGACUACCUUCGUCCCAGAAUACCAUCACCAAUUGGUUUCACACCAGGACCACAGCAGCUUCUCGGAGAUCCAUUCCAAGGCAUGCGCAAGCCCAUGAGCCCUGUCACAGCCCAGCAGAUGAGCCAGCUAGAAUUGCAACAGGCAGCUUUGGAGGGGCUGGCCCUGCCACAUGACCUUGCAGUGCAGGCAGCAAACUUCUACCAGCCUGGUUUUGGCAAACCGCAGGUGGACAGAACCAGAGAUGGAUUCAGAAACAGGCAACCGCGAGUGACCAAGUCACCAGCACCUGUGCACGGAGGGAAUUCCUCUUCCCCUGCCCCAGCCGCCUCCAUCACAAGCAUGCUUUCUCCUUCCUUCACUCCUACCUCAGUGAUUCGUAAGAUGUACGAGAGCAAAGAGAAAAGCAAGGAGGAGCCAGCAUCUGGAAAAGCAGCUCUUGGUGACAGUAAAGAGGACACUCAGAAGCCCAGUGAAGAGACCCUCCUGUCAUCCAGCUCUGUGCCCACUGCUGAUCGAGACUCUUCUCCCACUACAAAUCCCAAACUAUCAACCCUACAGCGGUUUUCAUGUUCCACCCCACUAUCCCAGACCAAUCGUUACACCAAAGAACAAGAUUAUCGACCUAAAGCAACUGGGAGAAAAACACCCACCUUGGCAUCUCCAGUUCCAGGAACACCUUUUCUCCGCCCUGUCCACCAAGUCCCCCUUGUCCCCCAUGUCCCCAUCGUUCGGCCUGCUCACCAGCUUCACCCAGGGUUGGUCCAAAGGAUGCUGGCCCAGGGAGUACAUCCACAGCAUCUUCCAAGUUUGCUCCAAGCUGGUGUGCUUCCUCCUGGGAUGGACCUGACUCAUUUACAGGGACUAUCUGGCCCAAUCCUGGGUCAACCCUUUUACCCUUUACCUGCCACUAGUCACCCUCUCCUAAACCCUCGUCCUGGGACACCUCUGCAUCUGGCAAUGAUGCAACAGCAGCUACAGCGCUCAGUUCUUCAUCCUCCAGGGUCUGGUUCCCAGGCAGCUGCUGUCAGCGUUCAGACGACGCCUCAGAAUGUGCCCAGCCGGUCAGGCCUGCCUCAUAUGCACUCCCAGCUAGAGCACCGCCCCAGCCAGAGGAGCAGCUCCCCCGUGGGCCUUGCCAAAUGGUUUGGCUCAGAUGUGCUACAGCAGCCCCUGCCCUCCAUGCCUGCCAAAGUCAUCAGUGUAGAUGAACUGGAGUACCGACAGUGAGCAGGGCGGCAGGCUUGUCUAAGCCUGGACCUUUUGGUGGCACCCUGGUCAGGACUCUGCUUCCUCAUCUCAUGUUGGUUUAUGGGCUUUUACUUUGUAGCACCCUGUGCGAAGCUAUUUAAGGGCACCCAGGCACCUGGUGUUGUCUGCAUUAUGAUGGAAGGAACUUAUUAACCAACCGAGUGGAGCCUACAUGGUCUGAAUACAGGAUGCAGUGUUGUCAGUCCUGAAUACAGGAAACAGUCUUUUUUUGUAAGAUAUGUGAAUGAAGUGUUGGUGUCUUCACCAAAAGGUGGCACCUUAAGGGUUCUGAGGAAAUAAAUGUAUAGACCCUUAUGUACAGACCUGUGUAUAAACAACUUUUGUACAUACAUAUAGGAUAGCUUUUUUGAACUUAUACAGCUGUACAUAAAAGUAGCUGAUAUUAGUUAAGCCUGUGUCAACAGUAUGGAUUUUUUUUCACUUGUACAUUUGGGACUUUUUCUUUUGGUUGAUUAAAGUUGCAUAUGCUAAGUGUGUGAAUGAA